UGAAUGCUAAUUGUUCUUAUGUUGAACUUCCUCUUAACUAUGCUUUAGGGGUCAUUCUAAAUUACAAAUCUCACAAACAUCACGCGAUUGGGAAUGAUAAUAUUCUGAUUGGUUGCUUAAACAGAAUUUUGUGUGGCAUCGAUGCAACUUCUCAGGGGAGCCUAGUUACCACUUUUUUUAAUGAGCAGCCACAGGAAUUCGCAUCUUUAUUUUCCUUAUCGUUGAUGCUUCUGUGCAAGUCUCAAAACAUUAAAAUCCGGAAACUGGCAGCAAAGUUAUUAGGAAAAGUUGCUAGUGUUAAUGUAUUUUCGCUAAUUGGAAAUUUUACUAAUACAACUGAUAUUACACAUGAAUCUUUACUUCAUGAUCUCAGCGAUUUUCUUGUGCAUACCAACUUUGAGAUUGUCAAUGCGGCUCGGGUUUCCAUUGCAAAUUUAUUAAAAAUCGGAGACAUAAAAAAUAUUGUGAAUAGCUCACCGACUUUACGGAGCUUUUUAGAGCCAUUUUCUACCAAAAGCAUCCGAACUGUUUCUUUGUUGGAAACGCCGGACUUUGCGCAAUGGCCCAGGAAGCCGCAUGUCGAGGCUUUCACCGUCGCAAGUUUAUUUGAAAAAAAAAUCGAAACAGAGGCUCAACUUGAUGAGUGGAUCAUUAUAUUUACUUGUUCAGUCAUUUAUUAUUUUGUGAAGAAUGAAGUUUUAGAACGGCUGCGCCUUUUAUCUGAAACGUUUUCACAUGUAUUCGACGCUCAAGUGCUUAGUUUUUCUGUUUAUUAUCAAGAAUUAUCGAAGUUUUUUUUGGAUAUAUUAACUUUUUUGCGAAGAAAAGAUAUCCCUUUACAUUUCUUAAAAAAAAAUAUUAAAAGCACUCGGAAAGUUUCACAUCGAGAGUUUGGUGUUGUCUGGGAGAGAAACUUCUGGUUGGACUUGAAUUUAGUAUCUGUUGCUCAAGCAGCCUAUCGCUGCUAUUCUUUUUCACAUGCUCUUUACUUGAUCGAAGUUUGGUGUGAGGCCAACAACCUAAGCAAUGCGACUCUACAUCAAACUGACUGCAGUAAAGAGCUAAAAGAACUACAAGUUUUGCUACAAAAUAUUUACUUGGCAAUAGAUGAGCCGGACUCUCUUUUUAGCGCGAGAUAUUCUUCUAAUGUAAUUUCCAAUCUGAACUUUUUCACGCACGAACAUCAGCACUAUAAAGUACUUGACACGUACGAUCUUCUUUUUCGUAAACCCGCCUUGAGAUAUUCAACUCCAUUGGAGACUUUACGCCAACCGGAUAACCCAGAAAGCUUUGCAGCAGUGGUGUCCGCCAUGCAAACUAUGGGUUACUCCCACCUGCUGCGUUAUUAUCUUAAAGGAAUUUCCAAUGAAAAAUUUUGUUGGACAGAUCAACUGAGCGAGUGCUACUAUGAGUUUUUGUGGAAAAACUCUGUGUGGGACCCUGAAGAUCACCCAAAGCCCAUCGAAAACAUUUCCACGUCGCAUAAAAACCUUAGCACUCCACCGUUCCCUUUGCUUUCGCCUAGUCCAAUGGUGACCCUCAAUAAAAAGUUGUACUUGUGCUUCCGUGCAUUAAAAUUUAAUAAGAAGAACAUUUUUAAGGGACAAUCCAAUAUGUUAUUAAACGAAUUGAUAUCUAAAAUGAACAACGUUACAAUCGAAGUACCGUUAUUUUAUUAUAUUAUUGUUAUUAGUAUGAUUUUUAUUACUUCGAGGAAUCGAAAGUGCUUCCUUCUCUGCUUGCGUACUUUCAACUUUUUGUUGAACUUCGAGAAGUUUUUAUAUUAUUUAAAAACAUAA